AUGGGUAUGAUUGAAACAUUAAAAUGCUUGACUCUACUACUUUUGAAGGUGUGGGUGUCGUUGAUAUUCAGAAGUCUUCUGAAUGCUAAGAGUUUUAUUUCUUCAAAGAAUGAAAGUACGGUUCCAAAAGAUGAAGAUAUAUUGCGAAAGAACCAAAUUAUAAACGCAAAAGACAUAAUAGACAUAGCAGAAGCUAAUGGGUACAUUAUUAGAGAGCAUGUUAUUACAACUAAAGAUGGAUAUUUACUAGUGGUUCAUAAGCUAGAAAAAUCUGUGACUGAGAGCAAGGUCAGUGAAGAUAUAGUCUAUUUUCAUCAUGGCCUACUUACAAACUCUGAGUUGUUUCUUUUAGGGGACAAACAUGAGAAGAACCUACCUUUUCUUCUAUUAGAGAGGGGUUACGAGAUAUGGCUAGGAAAUAAUAGAGGAAAUAAAUAUUCAAGAAAGCAUUUGAACACAUCUGUGUCUGAUGAUAAAUUUUGGGACUUCUCAUUAGAUGAAUUUGCAUUUUACGAUAUUCCUGAUACUGUCAACUAUAUCCUAUCCAAUUAUUCUCCUGGAGCCAAGUUAACUUAUAUCGGGUUCUCCCAGGGAUGUUCUCAAUUAUUUGCAAGUUUAAGUUUGAACGCUAGUUUGAACACUAAAGUCAAUUUAUUCGUAGGUUUAUCUCCUGCCGUCGUUCCACGAGACUUGAAUCAUCCUGUGUUCAAAGUGCUAGUUAAGGAAACUGCAAGAAACACCAACUUUUUGUUUAGUAUAUUUGGCAAGAGGGCUUUACUCCCAUCUGUAUCAUUUUGGUCCUACAUCAUGGGACCUCAACUCUAUGAAAAGGUAGUAGAUACUUCCUUGUCUUUUCUUUUUGGCUGGACUGGAAAGAAUAUAUCAGCUUCUCAAAAGAGCGUUGGCUAUCCUCAUAUGUUUUCGAAUUCGUCGGUCAAAUCGUUGAUGCAUUGGUUUCAAAUAAUUCAUGCAAAGAGAUUCCAGAUGUUUGACGAAACUUCAAGUUGUGGAAAUUCAAACUUGUCAACUUUUUCAGAAUGUCUGAAAAGUAAAGCUCAUAAGGUUGCUCCAUUCCCAAUUUCACAUCAUUUAAACGUCCCGAUGAUUUUGUUUUACGGCGAUUCUGAUAUUCUAGUGGAUAUUGAAACUACAAAGCUGCUUUUAUUAAAUCAAAAUCAUAGAAUGAAAGACAUGCUUCUUGAAGUGGUAGAAUGUAAAGGAUACGAACACAUGGAUACCCUUUGGGCAGACGAUGUUUAUGAAAAAGUAUUUGAGAAGGUAGUUGAUACUCUAGAGAAAUCCAGACAAGGUAUGCCAAGUGCUUUAUCAUCUGCCCUGACCUUAAAAGAGCUCUAUUUUGAGAAAAAAGUUACCUAG